AUGUCCGCAUCCGAUCAAGACCAGUCACAACCCUCGCAAUCGAUUAAGGAAUCAUCAUCACAGAUUCAAUCGCAAGACCACGCAGUCCAAACCCACCCCGAGAACGAAGCGCACCCCGCCGGUGGCGCAUCAGCAACAUCAACAACGGCAGCGGCAGCACCAGAAGCAAACCCCGCGACAACACAAUUAUCACAACAACAACGACCACAAGAAAUAACAGAAGAGUCACAACCGCCCGCCUCCCCUCCCCUCCCCCAAAAACAUACCCCCGCGACACCCGGCCCCCGCGCGGGACGCUUCAUCCAGCUCUACGACGGCGCCCUCGCCAGCACACUCCGCAAAGUAAACUACGACAACUUUGCCUCGUGCUUCCCCACCGUCGCCGCCCACGCCCCGAAUACUCUGCGCAACGUCCAGAAGCAAAUGGUGGAUUACCUAGAGGAGAGGUGUAACAAGGACUUCCAAUCGAUCCUCGCCGACCGCGACGUCAUCCGCAAACUCAACGAGCUAGAAAACCUCGUCAGCGACGCGGAACGCAGGAGACAAGAAGGCGGCGACGUCGAAGAGCCCACCCCACCACACGUCCUACCCCCCGACGAAAUCCUAACAGCUCACCUCGCCCCGCGCCUCGCCCCGCAACAAUCCACCCUCAACGCCCGCCUGCAAAACACUCAGGCCUCCAACGAGUCCCUCUUCAUCUCUAUCCAAUCCCAGCGCGCGGAAAUCGACGCCCUCCUCGCCCAGCUCGAGAGUCAGGUCACCGAUAUCGACGGCGCCAACGCCCUGCUUGUGGACGUUGCGUCCGAGCUGGCCGCCGAGGCGCGGGCUUCCGAGGUGGAGAUGGCGGGUAUGUGA